AGCAGAAUGAAGUGAGCUGUUGGUCUUUCUGUUUAAUGCAAUGGCACCUUUCAGUUCAUCGAGGAUGUUGAAGAAAACCGUUGAACUUUUCUCUAGACGUGGGUUCUCCACUUCUAGAGCAACAUGUGCACAACAGAUGACUGUGAGAGAUGCCCUCAAUUCGGCAUUAGAUGAAGAGAUGGAACGAGAUGAGCGAGUUUUCAUACUCGGAGAAGAGGUCGCUCAGUAUGACGGAGCCUACAAGGUGUCAAGAGGGCUGUGGAAGAAGUAUGGAGACAAGCGAGUCAUCGAUACUCCGAUCACUGAAAUUGGAUUUGCAGGAAUCGCUGUGGGAGCUGCCAUGGCUGGACUCAGACCGAUUUGUGAAUUCAUGACCUUCAAUUUCUCGAUGCAGGCCAUAGAUCAAGUUAUUAACUCUGCAGCAAAAACAUUUUACAUGUCUGCUGGACUGGUAAACGUACCAAUCGUGUUCCGAGGACCUAAUGGUGCUGCUUCAGGGGUAGGUGCACAGCAUUCUCAAUGUUUUGGAGCCUGGUACAGUCACUGCCCAGGGCUCAAGGUGAUUUCCCCAUACAAUUCUGAAGACUGCAAGGGUCUUUUGAAAGCUGCCAUCAGAGAUCCCGACCCAGUUGUGUUCCUAGAGAAUGAAAUUCUGUAUGGGGCUCAGUACCCCAUGUCAGAUGAAGCUCUUUCCAAGGACUUUGUACUUCCAAUUGGCAAAGCGAAAAUCGAACGGUCAGGAAAGCACAUUACCAUUGUCGCCCACUCCAAAGCUGUGGAAACGUCACUAGACGCAGCCAAGGAGCUGGCGGGUCAGGGUAUUGAAGCGGAAGUGAUCAACCUACGAAGUCUGCGACCACUGGAUAUUGAGACUGUUGGCAAGUCUGUCAUGAAGACCAACCAUUUAAUAUCAGUGGAACAAGGAUGGCCACAGUCUGGCAUUGGAUCUGAGAUCUGUGCUAGAAUUAUGGAAAGUGAAGUGUUCUACCAUUUAGACUCCCCGGUGAUUCGAGUGACGGGGGCUGAUAUCCCCAUGCCAUACACAAAAAGCCUUGAAAUUGCUGCCCUUCCCCAACCCGCUGAUAUUGUAGCCGCUACGAAAAAAGUGCUUGGUGUCAAAUGAUACACGAAUCUCCAAUCUGUAGGGUAAAUCUUUCACAGAUAGCGUUUCCAGGACAAUAGAAACAAUAAAAUGUCAAAAGGUUUCAUCAGGAAUUUGAUAGAUAUUGUAGCCUAUAAAUUAUUUGGAAAAUAAAUUUUAGUCAAAAAACAUUAUUGUACUUUUUAUCUGUAAGUGUGAGAACAAAAAAACUAUUUUACUAAUCAUUUGGUUCAUUAACCGUCCCAGUUAAAAUUGAAAUAGCUUAUAAGAAGUUGUAUUACUAAAAUGUACACACAUUGAUGUAAAAAUUGAUACAAUGAGCCUCCUUAGCUUUUUUUAUUUUAAUGAAACCAGAGCUUGAGAAUAUUUGAUUGGAUUAUCAAUGUGGUUGUAAAGUAAUUGUUAAACAUAAUUUUGUAAGAAUUGAAUAUUGCUUAGCAUAGCAUGUCAAAUGAAUUCCUUUGCAGCCUAGCUGCAUAAUAGCUUUACUUUAUGUUAUGUGCAUCUUUAUUUAAUGCCUGAGCACUAUGUUUAUUCUUGCGGUCACUUAUAUUCUGGGUGGUUGAAAAAUAGUAUGGUUUAUAAGCUUCUAAAGCCCAAUAUCAUUAUUUGUUGGACAGAUAAUAUUUCACACUUAUUUGGAGAACUCCCCAUGAAAAAAAUAUACAUUAUCAUUAUCCUAUCAACUAUGAAAGUAAUUUCUGUCAAUGUCUAUUACUGUUGAUAUUUAAAUGUCAAUUAUGCUCUCUAAAUUUCUGCAGUAUUGUCUGGUUUACCAAAAUAACUUUUAUGUAUCUGUCAUUUUGGAAUGGUUAGUAAAAAUAUUAACAACACAAUAACAUGUAAUUAUUAUACAACACAUAUAUACACACAUUUAUUGAUAUCACAUAUCAUAUUGAGAUGUGUUGAGAUUUUUUCAGUUAGUUUUUUCAGUUAUAUGGUUUGUAUUUCCAAAAUUUAGACUUGUAUAAAAGCACUUAUGACUAACCAGUUCAAACUGUUGAAUACUUGUAUGGCAUCAAUAGUUAUUUGUGUAACUAGUGUGCAAAAUGGCACUUUGCUGCACAUUAGAGAAAUGUUUACGCACGUUAGUGUUGAAAGUUUCUCGAGUGCAGCAAAGGCACUUUGCACUCGUGUUACACAUAAUAUUUUUCCUACAGUUACUAUAAAUCAUAGAAAUAAUUAGUCUUUCAAACACUAUACAACACGUUUUUAGGUUAGGUUAAAUCCAAUUGUUCAACAAAAUGGGAUCCCUGCACCAGUUGAUUGUAGUUGUAGUAUCUUUAAGUGUUGCCAACUUAUUUUCAAGCAUUCACAUAUUAAAAUAAUAAAGCUCCUAACCUAAUAAAAGCACACUGUUUUGUGUUGUUUGGCUGAAAUACUCAAGUGCGGCAAAAUAAAAUUAAUGAGGCAAAAGAAAAUGAGUGCGGCAAAAGUAAGUAAAUGCAGCUAAUCAGUGCAAGGAAGCCCACUUUGUAAGGUAACUGUAGGAAAGAUUCUUUCUUUUGAUGUAUGAAUUCCCGUAUGUUUCUGAAAUAGUUAAAUAGGCUAAACCCUUUAAAUAGUCUUUAAAACCCUUUUAAAAAUAGAUUUAAGAAUUUUAUUUCAUGUGACUAGUUAUACCACGAUUACACAGUUUAAUUAUAUGUCAAAAAUUUUUUAUCUACUAGAAAAUAUACCCAUUGCUGCAAAUAAUUUUCCAACAGUAGUUACAAUUUUCAAUCAAUUUUUUACUGUUUUCAACGAUCCCAUAGUGUGUUAGAUUUUCUUUUAUUCAUUGAUGUUUAAACUCAGGGCCUCACACCAGAUGUAACAUAAUACUGUCAACUGUAUAUAUUGUGUAGUUGUGGUGUGAGUUGAUAUUGCGGUGUAGUUACCAACUUUACAAAGUGUAAUAGUAUAAAGUGCUCAUGUUACUGCCCUCUUAGUGUAAUGUAAGUUAGAAAAAGGAUGCUUUAAAAGUGUUAGUUAAUGUUAAACAUAUGACAUUUCUUAAUUGAGUUCUUGUAAGUGCUACAUAAUAUUUUGUUGCCUAAAUGCUAUUUUAAAACCAAUUUGUAAGCUCAGAUUGUUGCCGCUGCUUAUGAUAAUGAAAUUGUCUUUAGUAUAGGUAAUACAUUUUCCGAUAAGCUAUCAUUUAUUUUUUUUUACUUAAAUAAGUUAAUUUCUUAACUUAAAACCCUCUUUUUCUUCAACAACUUUUGGGAAUAAACAGUUGUACAUAAUUUCUUUCCUGAAAAUUUUGAUAACUUUUCUGGUUUUUAGAAGUGCCUAAGAUUGUUUUUUUUAGAGGACAUGGUUCGAAAUUAACUGCUUACCUCAUUAAUUUGUAUGAACUUCAUUUUGUUUUUGUGAAAGCUCUCCGGCAGUAUUCACUAUCAUAAAGUUAUAAUAAUACUGUAUUUACUGUGUGAGAAAAAAUCCCAGUGGAAUUAUUUUUGAAAUUUAAUUAUUUCAGUUUGUUACGGUACGUUUUGUUUCUGAAAAUAGCAUUCCACAAUUAAAGCUUUAAUUCCUGGUAAUUCACAAUGUUUUCUGCAGAAUAUAACAUAAUUUUUCUACUAAGUUACCUCUGCAAUCUUGCAUUUCUACUUAUAAGAUGGCCAUAACACCACUAGUUUAAAUACUAGUGCUGUCUGUAUAUUUCUGUAAACUUUUACAGUGCUCUUGUUGAUUUUGUCAGAUUUGUAUAUAAAGCAUUGUUGCAGAA